AAAAUUAGGCACAAAAUUAAAAAUUUAUCUCACAAUAUGCAGGCUUUCCGUUUCCUCGGCAACACGAAACUCAAACAGUAGUUUUAUUCUGAAACAUCCAGACACCACGACUCUACUUCCGGCUUUAGCUUAACCUUGUAAAAAAAAAUAAUUCGGAGCGAAGAACAAACAGAUUUCUAAAAGUCGUUUCACAGACUUACCACUUAAGUUGUGUGUUGUUUUAAGAAACGAAGCAGCGUUAAAUUAAAAACAGAAGUUUUAAGCUAAAGUAUUUGACUUAUAUUAAACUGCUCAGAGUUGAGAGUUAGCUAACAUCAAACAUGCAAAACUACGCGGAGGCUGUUCAGGAGUUUGUAGAGAACCAUGCGACUGGGCUCACAGCUGUUAUUCUGACAGGGGUGGGUUUGCUGGCCUUCAGAAGAUGGAUGGCUGGAGGUGUGUGUCGGAGCGAGGCCAGGCUGGAAGGAAAAACGGUCCUGAUUACAGGAGCCAACACUGGCAUCGGGAAGGAGACAGCUAUGGACAUGGCUCAGAGAGGGGCGAGAGUAAUCCUGGCCUGCAGGGAUAUGACCAAAGCCCGGUUGGCAGCAGAUGAAAUUCGUCAAAAGAGCGGAAAUGGCAACGUGACGGUGAAGAAACUGGACCUGGCUUCCCUGCAGUCCGUCAGAGACUUGGCCAAAGAUGUCCAGCAGAAUGAGGAGCGCCUGGACAUCCUGAUCAACAACGCAGGCGUUAUGAUGUGUCCUAAGUGGAAGACGGAGGAUGGGUUUGAAAUGCAGUUCGGUGUGAACCACUUGGGACAUUUUCUCCUCACCAACUGUCUCCUGGAUUUGCUGAAGAAAUCUUCUCCGAGUCGCGUCGUCGUCGUCUCAAGCCUCGCACACACGAGAGGUAAAAUUCAUUUUGACGACAUUAACCUGGAUAAAGACUACAGUCCAGAAAAGAGCUACCGCCAGAGCAAGCUGGCAAACGUUCUCUUUGCCAGAGAACUGGCUGCAAGGCUGCAAGGCACCGGUGUGACCGUGUACAGCCUUCACCCCGGGGUGAUCCGCACAGAGUUAGGCCGCCAUCUGUUCCAAACCUGGGCUCUGUGGAAGAGGGUCUUGUUUUCACUCCUCAUGUUUUUAGUCAAAAAUCCCUGGGAAGGAGCCCAGACCACCAUCUACUGCGCUGUGGACGAGAGCGCUGCGAACCAGAGUGGCCUCUACUACAGUGAUUGUGCCCCAGAAACGCCGGCGCCUCAGGCUCUGGAUGACGCUGCAGCCAAGAGGCUGUGGGACCUCAGUGCCUCCAUGGUUGGACUGGUUUAAACCCAGCAGCUUGCAGCUCUUCUACUUCAUCCACCCCUCCUGCUAUAGAGUUAGUAUUUCUGUUUGAAUGGAUGAUUAGUGCACUUACAUUUAUCAAAUCAAUUAUCGAAGAGCUUAAAGAUUUGCAACUCAACAUUUGCACUAUUUACUCUUUAUAUAUAUAAAAAUAUGAAUGUGCUGUGGUGCUUUAUUUGCUUACUGAAUAUAUUUUCCCCACUGAAACACAAGACACUCAAGUCUUUAAAAUGCUGCAUUUAUUAAUGUUUUUUUAACAAUAUUCACUAAAGUAACACUUUAAGCAAUUUGUGUCAACAUAAUCAUAUAUAGUCAUGGUGUCCUGAUACCAGCUUUUAAAUAAAUAAAUACAAAAUUAAUAAUAAAUACAAAAUGCCUCGAUACUCUGACCCAAUACAAUACCUGUAUCUACACUCCACUGAAUGUGUCACAGUUUGUUUUACU